CUAACCCAGUCCUCUCGCCGUCAAUUCGGUGCAAUAUGGCGGUUAUUCACAUCAAGUAAUAUUGCAGUAAUGUCUCAAGAACAAGUCAUCGGACGGUGACAGUAUGGUUGGUUUUUCAAAAAUAUUACAUCCUUUUACCUCUAGGAUUUCGUGUCACGAAUUAGCACAUACGUGGACUCCAUCAUGUUCUUCUGCGGCCGCAGGAAUCUUUCGUUCGUGUUUUGUGGAAUCCUUGAAAAUUUAUGGUCUCCUUUACAUGAUUGGUGGUAUUCUGAGGAGGGCUGAUGUAAAGUACUUUAAAUAUAAGUAUCUACUGGAUGUAAUCAGGUCAUCCUGUUUUCUGGCUGUCAAUGGUGGAGGACUGGUGGUUUAUGUCUGUCUAUUAAGGAAGCUCAUUGGAUCUUUCAGCUACCUGUCAACUGUGUUUCUCCCUGGAUUUCUAGCAUCUCUUACUGCCAUUCUAGUUGAGAAAAAAAGCAGAAGAGGCACCCUUGCACUAUACAUGACAAAUUUGGGUGUUGAAACAACUUACAACAUGCUAAAGGAGAGGGGUCUCAUUCAUCCUGUUCCUAAUGGAGAGAUUCUGUUGUUCUGUAUUUCAACAGCCAUCAUGAUGUACCUUUAUAAGAAAAAGGGAGGUCUUACAGAUGGUGUUUUGAAUUCUUUAGUAAGGUUUUUUUUGGGUCCAAAUGAUCACAGUCCUGGCCAAGAAGUAGACAGUUUAAAAGCAAGUCUCUCAAUCAACAUUCGAGAAAGUCAGAUGCAGCAAAAAUGGCUACAACCAACACUAAAGGCCUUUGGUACUGGUUACAUUGUGCAAUUGGUGCCCAUGCUUCUUGGACAAAUAAGACAUGUAUUUAAAAGACCAGGGAAGCUAUUGAGAUUGUUUUAUAAUGAGGACUGUCUUAGAUGUGGUGUAUUCCUGGGAAGUUUUGUUGCAAUUUUUAAGACUGUUGAAUGGGUGUCAGGUUUCUUGAGAAAUAAAAGAGAUGAAUUGAAUGGAUUAAUAGCAGGUGGAGCAGCCGGUCUGUCCAUGAUAUUUUACAGAAGUUCAAGUAUAGCUUUGUACCUAGCUUCUAAAAUUUCCGAGCUUUUGUACAAGCAUGGUAUAUCAGCCGGGAUUCUUCCUUCCAUUCCUUAUGCAGAGAUCUUAGCGUAUUCUUUCUCAACUGCAUUCCUCUUUCAUGCGUGCACCUGGGAAGUUCACAGUGUGCGGCCAUCUUAUUGGCGGUAUCUAAACGUUGUGACGGCCAAGAGGUUUUGUGAAUUAAACAGAGCGAAAGUGGAUGAGAUAUUUGGUACAGAGAGCAGUAGGUUAUUUCCAAAGGAUGAUUUGUAUAGGUCUUUAACGAGAAGGUAGUGGUAAUCAAUUUGGAAAAUAAGGAAUCGAAUGCCUAAUUAACAAUUAGCCUGUUUGAUAAUAAAUAUUGUUAGCAAGGGA